AAAAGGUAAUUGUUGUGAGCUGUCAUUUUGUUCGUUCUGUUUUCUUCGUCACGCAGUUUGUUUUUGUUUUUUUUAAUACAAGAAUACCCAUUGCAAUAUGGAGGCUGCAAAGAACAAAUCUAUUUUUUCAAGGAAUGUACCGAGAUUGCCGGGAAAAGCUAGUUCAAGUCCACGUAAGGAGAUGAUAGCUGGAAGUGUUAAUAGAAACACCCCUGCUACUUCAUUCGAUGAUUUUCAAGAAAGUGUGAGUGACGCCUGGGAUCUAGGAGAUGAUGAAUUCUGUAUUAUCUCAGAUGUUAAAAUUUCUAAGAAAAUGGCCCAAUCAACAGCAGCCAGUGUAAUCAAUCGGCACCGGACUCAAAGUGCUGAUCAAGUUACAGGCAACCAUCAAGUCCCUUCAGUUUCCAAGAAUGCAAACAGAUCAUUUCCUGGUCAUCCUCAUCCUUUUUUAGAGUCUGCCCAAUCUAGAAAGUUGAAUGAAGAUCUCCAAAGUGGAAAAAUGGAAAAAUUCAAUAUCGUGCUAAAUAGUGCCAAUAGUACAAUGAAGGAACUCGAAGAAUGCAGUUGGCAUGGCAUCCCACCGCCUGUAAGAGCCAUAACUUGGCGCCUGUUAUCGGGAUACAUUCCUAUUAACCUCGACAAGCGUGCAUCAACGCUCAAACGGAAACGCGAGGAAUACUGGAAUCUCGUCGAGCAAUAUUACGAGACCCGUCAUGAGGAAACACAUCAGGACACCUUUCGGCAGAUUCAUAUAGACAUUCCGAGAAUGAGCCCGUUAAUUGCCCUCUUCCAACAAAGCAUUGUACAGGAGAUGUUCGAGCGCAUUUUGUAUAUUUGGGCAAUGCGCCAUCCGGCUUCUGGCUACGUUCAGGGGAUCAACGACCUGGUUACUCCAUUUUUUGUUGUCUUUCUUCAAGAAGUAAUACCAUCAGAUAGUGAUUUGGAUACGCAUGACGUCAGCAAAUUAUCGGACGAAGACCGCAAUAGCAUUGAAGCCGAUUCAUUUUGGUGUUUGUCGAAAUUGUUGGAUGGUAUUCAAGACAAUUAUACUUUUGCACAGCCUGGAAUUCAGAAUAAAGUUCGGCAAUUAAAAGAACUGAUUGAGCGGGUUGACGUUGAGUUGCAUCAGCAUCUUGUGCGCCAUGAAGUUGACUAUUUGCAAUUUUCGUUUCGUUGGAUGAACAAUUUAUUGAUGCGCGAAUUACCAUUGCUGUGCACUGUCCGUCUUUGGGACACAUGUUUGGCUCAGCCUCAUGGCUUCGCCAAUUUCCAUUUGUACACAUGUGCAGCUUUUUUAUUAAAAUGGAGGAACCCGCUUCUCCGACAAACAGAUUUUCAGGGACUAAUGAUGAUGUUACAAAAUUUGCCGACACAAUCCUGGUCUGACGAAGAAAUUGGAGAAAUUGUAGCGGAAGCAUAUCAACUUCACUACAUGUUCUCGAAUGCGCCAAAUCAUCUUCAAAGUUCGGCUAGCAAGCCUUGAUCUUCGUUUUAUUGAAUCAGAUCAGUGUUCAAUAUCACAAGAAACGAACAAGCUAAGGUUUGAAUCCACGAUAAACUGUAAGUGGAUCGAACACUUGUAACAAAACAAUAUAUCAUUACAUUGUUCAUGGAAUAGCGCUCAGUGCCUGCAUCACCCAAGUGGCUCCCGAAAAUUAUCAAUGGAGCAACGUUUACUGAUACCAAUACUACCAUGUUCAUAGAUUUUUUUUUCCUGUUAAAUGUAAAUACAAUUUGGCAUAUUUUCAUGUCAUAUAAAGC